GGUAACUCGGUAAUCAGGCUUCUACUGCACUCGCUCUACUGCGGCACUGCAGCAGCAGCAGCAGCAGAAUGCAUCGACAACGAACUCGAGUGUGAGCUAGUUCGAGCGUCGGAGCGCAGGCGAGCCUGCAAUAAUCUAUCGAUUAUCGUUGUGCGCGAUCGUCGGUGCUGUCUGUUUCGGUUGCUGUAAUCGGUGCUUCUUUCGGAGCGUGAUGCGAAAAAGUUUUCAAGGCAUUUGUCGGUCGUAGACAUCAUUUCUUCGGUCAGAUCUGGUCUUCGACUUUUAGCAAGUUCUUCAGUGUGCCGGAUUCCUGUGGUUGGUGGAGUCAGCUCUCGCACGGAAGAAUGGAGAGCUCGUGGUGUUAGGUUUAUUCUUGCACUUUAUGAUCUUUGGGCCCUGAUCUAUUGGAGAGAAGGGGCGAGGGGUCGUUCGCUCCGCAUAACGCAGUUUUGUGCAAGUUAGAGAAAUGCGCAGUGGCGAACAGAUGGAAAAAGACCUCGUUGCGGACCUUGGGAACCGAUUUUUUUAGCGGUUCUCUCGUGAUGUAAAUUUGAGGAUACUUGAUCCGGAUUUGAAAUCUGGCAAUGCCGGACUGAGAGCUGCGCAAAAGUUUCUUGGGCUUUCUGGUAGUUCCUCUUGAGGUUCUAGCAGCAAUGUCGGUGCCAGUGGGAGAAGCUGUUUCGGCUCUCUCCACCUUUACGCUGGAGGAUGACCAACCCGAUAUACAAGGGCUUGCUGUGACCUUACUCAAUGGGUGGGUGGCAACUGAAAGCCCAAUAGAUUAUGAUGAUGUCCAAGCUUACCAGCUCUCGCUUCUGGACGACACCAAGUCUAUUACUCAACUCAAUAACCUCAUCAAGGAGGGCAGGGACAUGGUAGCUAUCCUUUACACUUACAGGAGUUGUGUCAAAGCUCUCCCUCAGCUACCGGAAUCAAUGAAGCAAAGCCAGACAGAUCUAUAUAGGGAAACUUAUCAAGUUCUUGAUUUGGAGAUUGGACGUCUUCGUGAAAUCAAACGCUGGCAGAAUACUGCCUCGAGCAAACUUGCGGCUGAUAUGCAACGAUUUUCAAGACCAGAUCGGAGGAUAAACGGUCCGACUGUUACUCACAUGUGGUGUAUGCUUAAGCUCUUGGAUGUUCUCCUCCAGCUGGACCAUUUGAAAAACGCGAAGGCUAGCAUACCUAACGAUUUUUCGUGGUACAAGAGAACAUUUACUCAAGUCAGCACUGAGUGGGCUGACAGCGACUCCAUGAGAGAAGAAUUGGACGAUUUGCAGAUAUUUUUGAGCACAAGGUGGAUAAUCUUGUUAAACUUGCAAGUCGAACUGUUUCGUGUAAACAAUGUGGAGGAUAUUCUUCAAGUUCUCAUGCUUUUCUGUCUUGAAUCAUUGGAGUCGGAUCGCGUUCUUCUCUACUCGGAGCGACAUGUUCUUUUGAGAGUUUUACCAGUAGUUGUCAUACUGGCCACAUCUUCAGUUAAGGAGGGUGAUCAAGUUUUCAAGAGAAUAAAAAUAAAUCGACUGAUUCGCAUUUUCAGGAGGGACCCUGUAGUCCCUGCAUUUCCAGAUUUGCAUAUUGCUCCAGCGAGUAUGCUGAAGGAGCUCUCUCCAUACUUCAGAAGAUUUGCAGCCCAGAGUCGGCUGAUUGCUCUGCCUGCACCCCAUGAACUCAACAUCCGGGAGGCUAGCAAGUACCAGAGGGAAUACUCGAUAUUGAACCAUAUUCCCGCUAUUCGAUCGGCUCAUGAUGAUUUUUGUUUGCGGUUUGCGGCAGCAGUGAACCAGCUGCAAUUGAUGAAACUGGCCAAGGAAGCAGAUGACAUCACAACCACACAAGUGAAGGAGGAUAUGUAUAUGGUAAUCGUCGAAGGAUUUCAACUCCUGAGUGAAUGGACGGGUCGUGUUUGGGAGCAAUGUGCUUGGAAAUUCUCCCGGCCGUCAAAAGACGCACAGCCCUAUGAUAAUAACACACCUCUCACCGACUAUGAAAAGGUCGUUCGCUGUAAUUAUUCAAUUGUGGAGAGGAAGGCACUACUAGAACUUACAAGCUACAUAAAGGGCGUGGGCACGAUGAUGGAGAAGGUGGAUACUAUAGUAGCCGAAACAAUUUGGGAAACUGUGCAUGCUCAAGUGCAGGAUUUUGUGCAAAACAAACUUGCCGUCAUGCUUCGCACAACAUUCAAGAAGAAGAAAGAUAUAUCGAGAAUACUCACGAAUAUGAGGACAAUUUCAGCAGACUGGAUGGGCAAUGCUAGUAAUGAGCCAGCCGCAGGGAACAAAAAGGUCAAGGAGGACACUACCCCCGUAGCAUUUCGACCUCGACCAGCAGCACCCACAGCAGCUCAGUUACACUGCUUACAAUUUCUUAUCCAUGAGCUAGUCUCGGGAGGAGCUCCUAAGAAGGCUGGAGGAUUUUUUGGCAGUAGUGAUACCGAUAUCCCUUCUGCUGACAUGAAGCUGCUCGAAAACUUCUUCAAUCGGCUUGCUUUCUUCCCCCACAUUUUGGAUUAUCGAGCUACCCUCAUCCACGUGUCAGACUUGGGAUUUUUGUGGUUUCGAGAAUUCUAUUUAGAAACAUCAAAGGUUAUUCAGUUCCCAAUAGAGUGUUCGCUGCCGUGGAUGCUGGCAGAUCACAUCAUCGAAUCCCAAGAUGCUGGGCUUCUCGAGAGCGUGCUCAUGCCCUUUGAUGUAUACAACGAUUCCGCUGAACAUGCUCUUCGUGUCUUAAAGCAGAGAUUUCUCUAUGACGAGAUCGAAGCCGAGGUGGAUUUGUGCUUUGAUCAACUUGUGUACAAACUCAGUGAGCACAUGUUCUCUUACUAUAAGAGCUGUGCUGCAAGUAAGAUUUUGGAUCUUGCUUUCAUUAGUGCCGUUGAAAAUCGUGACAAAUACAAUAUAUUCCCAAGGCGAUACGAAUCGUUGUUCAAAAUGCGUCACUUCAAGCUACUUGGGCGAAGUAUAGAUUUAUCCUUUUUACUGGCGCAACGAAUGAACAAGAUUUUACGAGAGAACUUGGAGUUUUUACUCGAGCGUUUUGAGUCACAGGACAUAUGUCAUGUGGUGGAGCUACAGCGGUUGGUCGAUAUCCUGAAAGCUACGCAUGAGCUUUUGUCAGAGCAUCUAACACUUGAUUCUUUUACACUCAUUUUGAGCGAAGUCAUGGAAAACAUUUCUCUCGUUUCCUUCUCAGGCCGACUCGCCUCUCAGAUAUUUCAAGAGGUGCAAAACGAUCUCCUUCCUAAUUUCAUCCUAUGCAAUACCACGCAACGAUUUGUAAGAUCUAUAAAGUCUUGUCAACGACCUAUUCGAAGGCCUGCAAUUCCUCAUGUGAAGUCAAGUUUUAUGUGUGGAUCUCAUGAUCUGAAUACAGCACACUCCGCAAUCUCUGAACUGUACAGCAAAUUUUUUGGGUUACCUCACAUGUUUGCGAUAUUGAAGCUACUGGGAUCACGGUCUAUACCCUGGCUUGUGCGAGCACUACUUGAUCACCUCUCUCAAAAGCUGACAUCCUUAGAAGGGAGGAUCGAUGAGCUGCGUGGAGUUUUACCUAAAGUAAUAUCUAUACCCGCCCCUACUUUGGGGGUGACAGGUUGCUUGAAAAUCUAUAAGGAUCAGUUGCAUUGGGCAACGGAGUAUGAACAUAAGGUUGAGGUUCUGCAGAAUCUGAAAGAGAUUGGGAGCCUCAUAUUCUGGAUGAGCCUUCUCGACACAGCUAUGAGAGAGACAGAAACUGUGCAUUUUAUGCAGGUUGUACCAUGGCUAGGCGUUGUUCCUGGAAGUGAAGCUCAAAUGCAACAACUUUUGGAUGAUGAUGGACACAGUCCUCUGGUUAGCUUGUUCAAAUCAGCAAGUGCUGCAGUAGCCGCGGAUCCAGAGACAGUCAAUCCUCAGUCAUUUGUUACCAUGUCGAAACAAGCAGAAGUGGCAGAUAUUCUCUAUGUCAACAACUUGCAGACUGGCAGCACUUUGGACUAUACUCUUGCAUACCUUAGUGCAAUACUAGACACGGUUAGGGGAAAGUGGAACUCACCUUCCAAAACUGGUCUUAUAGAGAUAACAACUUCCCGAGAGUUUCAUCGAAUAUACAGUGGCAUCCAAUUUGUCUUUUGCGGGGAGCAGCUGGAUGAGAACGAAACAAAUCAGGAGCAAUUUGGUGAUGCAGUUGCAUGGGGUGGAUGUACUGUUGCAUAUUUAUUGGGACAACAUCUACGUUUUGAACUCUUAGAUUUCUCCUAUCAUGUUUUAACGGUGGGUGAGAGUGAGGUCAAUCCUGGAGCUCAUAGUAUUCCUGACAAGAUCUCAAAAACAUACAACAUCUCUGCGGAACUUGUACGCUUCUUGGAAAGUGCCAGGAAAGCCAGACGGCUCAACAGUCAUGUCUUCACUAUGUUGCGAGCUCGUUUUCCACACGAGGAUAAGUUGGCGGCACUGGUUAAACAAAGUGGAACGGUUGUCCAUCGAAUUAAGUACCCAAGCACCCCAUCAGCUUUCGACACCUUACCAGCAAAAGGUAACGUGUAGAGAGUUCUCAGCCAUCUAAUACCUGGAACACACUUCUUCCCCUGUAUAAAAUACUGUAGUGUUUGAAGAGUAACACAAGUUUGGGAGACCGCUUAUUCACCGUGAGUAUCCUCUUGUCCUCCAUCAGUUGCUGGUAAUUUACUUGGGACCUAUUUCCUUGGAUAUUUUUCUGCCAAUAGUAAUUUUAUGUGUUACUGUGAUUUUUGAAUUGAUAUUUAUGUAAGUAAAUACUUGGAGUGCCGAAUAAUCAGCACAUUCCAUUCAACAU